CCAUAUACGCGUAAACCAGGCCAGACGGAGCAGCUAGGCCGGGGCGCUGGAUCAAAUGGAAAGUUCAAUCGAUUAAUUUGCUCACUUUUUCGCAUGUUCUCUCUUGCUUGUGAACCGACGACAGAUCAACUUAAAUGCGGGAGUUUUGGUGAGAAAUAGGAAAUGCAGAGAUCGUGUGAAACGAGAGGAAUAUCAGCUUGACUCGGUCGCUACUUCGGACGCGGAACUCCACUCAGUAAAAGGUGAAUCAUGACAGAAUAUAAACUGGUUGUGGUGGGAGCUGGUGGCGUUGGCAAAAGCGCACUUACCAUUCAGCUCAUCCAGAAUCACUUCGUGGAUGAAUAUGACCCCACCAUUGAGGACUCUUACAGAAAGCAGGUAGUCAUUGACGGAGAGACAUGUCUACUGGACAUCCUGGACACAGCAGGUCAGGAGGAGUACAGCGCCAUGAGGGAUCAAUACAUGAGGACAGGGGAGGGUUUCCUCUGUGUCUUUGCCAUCAACAACACCAAGUCCUUUGAAGAUAUUCACCACUAUAGAGAACAGAUUAAGCGGGUGAAGGACUCUGAGGACGUCCCCAUGGUGCUGGUGGGGAACAAGUGUGACCUCCCGUCCCGGACAGUGGACACAAAGCAGGCUCAGGACUUAGCACGUAGCUACGGCAUUCCCUUUAUUGAGACCUCAGCCAAAACCAGACAGGGCGUUGACGAUGCCUUUUACACGUUAGUGCGAGAAAUCCGGAAGCAUAAGGAGAAGAUGAGCAAGGAGGGCAAAAAGAAGAAAAAGAAGUCCAAGACAAAGUGUACAAUUAUGUGAAUAAUGAUUCCCUUUUAAGACAAAAAAAAUGCAACUAUGUUGAACAGUUCAAGUAAUACAUUUUGUACAUUACACUAAAUUAUUAGCCUAUUUCUCCAUACCCACACAAUACUAAACCUGAACUGAAUUUUCUGCCUUUUCUUUUUCCUUUUUUUUUUUUUUUUUUUUCUUUCCCUUAUUUGCUUCUUUGGACACCAAUAAGCUUCAUUUUCAGUUUAGUGCCAGUUGCCCACAAUAUGGGUUCAAGAGCCUGAUGAAUUUUUAUUUUUUAAAUGAUAAUGCUGAUUUGGAGCAUUUUACAGAGCUGGGAGCCAAUUGCAUUGCGAAUUGUGUUUAACAAAUUAUUCAUUAAACUUUGAGUUAAUUUUCUCUUUGCUUGAAAGGUCAUGUUCUCUAAUGACCUUUUUAAAAAUAUGGGAUGCCAAAGAAUGAAUUUUCAUCCCGCUCACGUAGACAAAAUGGAUAUGAAGAAAGGACCAACAGUCAGCCAGAUGAGAUCCAAUCCCAGCCCCUGUGUUUUGUCCCCGUCUCUAACGACCUCUAGGUAUGACUUAGCUAUGUCACUGAUAAGUAUGCAUGCAAACUCCUACUCAUCUCUGAAUGUUUUAACACCUUCAUUAGUUAUUAAUUAAUUUGUAAUUUGUCUUUUCUUAGUACUGUGUGUUCUUGCCAUGAGGUGAGAGAGAUUUUUUUUUUUUUUUUUCCUUUUUGCAUGAAUUAUGUCCUAGAAGACAUGGGUAAACUGCCUCUGGUCGAUGGAUUAAACGAAGCCAGCGAUAAAGAACUCUGACUCGGUUGGACAUAAAGUCUAGUUUUUCAGGUUUUUUGAAAGUAGUUUUUUGCUUUUGUUUGGUUUUGUGAGAAAUAAAUCUGCCAUUUUUUAAAAAGCAGAAAUUCUAAGCAAGAUAUAUAUUUUUUAAACCCAUUUUUGUCUUAAUAAGAUGGGACUAGCAGCCACAUUAUGUGGGUCAUUUUGUGUUGCCUUUUUUGACUUCGGUUAAAAGUUUCCUGCUUUUCUUUAGGCUAAGAUUUGACUGUAGGAUUGUUUUGAUUCAUCCUGACAAUAAUCAUUUCAUCAAUGUAUGCUCAAAAACAGCUGUUAACAGCUGUCCUCCUCCUUGUGGACUUUGUAUUUGACCGUAAUGUUUAGGUUCACUGCAUAAUUUAAGGUUUGUCCAGCAGCAGAACAUAAGAGGCCACGGAGGUGUCUUGCGCACUAACUUCUUUGCUUGUGAGCAGCUAGAAAGCAGAACGAAUCCUUUACGAAGCUGUCAAGAAUAUUUGUCUUGGUGUGGAGUCACAGAGGUUGUUCAAAAUGUUGUCCAAAUAAAUUUUCAGAUUUUGUUUAGCUUUUCGAAGAGGGUUUUUUUUUUUUUUUUUUUCCCUCCCCCUUCUCUCUCCUCCUCCUUGGACUCUUUUGCUGGAGUGUUGAACUUGUUUGUUGGCCUGCCUUUCAACAAAAAUGAUUGUCCAGCAAAAUAAUUUCUUUUUUUCUCUCAUAAAAUGUGUUUAGUGUGGCGAUGCAACUGGAACGGAUGUUUUUAAAUGAGGCAAUAAUUGCCAUAAAAUUGGUUCUUAGAUGAAAUCGUCUGACUUUAUUACAAAAAUAAUAAAAAGUCCAGCUUCCUUCUGGGGUCAACCCCAAUUUCACCAUUUUCCAUUGUAUUUACAAACUGCUCAUCUGGGUUUUUUAAAUUUGCCUUUUAUCUUUGCAUUAGGUGCUACAUAUAUAGGUUGGAAGAGCCGAAACGACAUUUAUUUUUCUCCCACAUGUGCUCUAGAGAUACACAAAAUGCUCUUCUAGGGGAGCAUUGUUAUUCCCACAAAAAGUGAUGUGCAUCACCAGAAGUGACGUUUUGCUUUCAGGAUUAAUGGAUUUUGACCCAGUUUAUUAUUACCUCUUCUUUUUUUUUCUUUCAUGAAGUAGAUGAUAACUGUUGAUGCAAUUUUUAAUUAUGGAACCCUCCUGUCCACAAUACUGUUUCACAAGUAGUUUUACUGUAAUGUUUGAAAUGUUCCUCUUUCUUUUAAUGGGUGCCAACAGCUGAUUUCUGAAAUGUAUCAUUUAUACCUGGAUCGUAUUUUAACAACCUUUGUAUAGUUGUGAUAAUGAGAGGUGCAUAUUUUGUAAACUGUGCUUCAUUUCAUUUGUGUCUACAUGAAUGUUGCUUUAACGGAGUUUCGCUCCGCUCUCUGUAUGUGAACAGCGAGUGUGACUGGGGUCCAGGUUUAGGGAAGUGAAUGAAUGACCACUUUACAUCAUACCUGUGGUGGGCAGUGUAGAGUGGUGAUCUAAUCUCAAAUGAGUCUAUUUUGCCAUAAAUCUCACCACUCCUAUUUAAUGUGUAAUAAAGAACAAAGUAAAGAGGAA